AUGGCAGGGGGUACUGAGCGCAGCCCCUUGCUGGGCCAACGUUCCCGCUCGCCAUCAACAAACACUCAACUGGGCGAUGCUGUCCAUGGUCUAAGUCGCGAGGCGAAAGGCCGUAAUAUCAUCAUAGUGAUGCUCUGCAUCAUCCUGUUCUUUGCAAGCUGGGCGAAUGGCUUCACCCAAAUCCCUAUCUUGCGUCUGCUGGAGGACAGAAUUUGCCAUGAAUACUAUGACAUGUCCAUGUCACCUCUCGAGCCAAUCGAUGAGAAUCUUUGCAAGGGAGAAUGGAUCCAGAGCCGCCUGGCUUUCAUCCUGAGCAUCAAUUCUGCCAUUGGAGCCUUGGCGGGUUUUCUUGCCGCAUUUCCCUGGGGAGCUGCGGCAGACCGCGUCGGCCGCAAGCCAAUUCUUACCCUUGCCUUGACUGGGAUGGCCCUCGAGGUUGUUUGGGAUAUUGUCGUCAUCUGGUUUCACCAUAUGCCUAUCAAGCUUAUAUGGCUUGGAGGAAUUUUUAAUAUUGUGGGCGGCGGGAACGCGAUCAUUGUUGGCAUGAUCUUUAGCAUAGCCACUGAUGCGACGACUGAUGAGAACAGGCAAUGGAUUGGGGUAUCGUUGCUUAUGUUUGGGAGUGUGGCAAUAUACGCAGUUCCCAACCCCCCCAAACCACCACACUCCCCCUCGCAUGACGAACAAGAAUCAGACUCGGAUGACGAGGAUCCGGUGAAUCGGAAGACGGUAUCCAGGUUCCUGAAGAUGAUUUCUCUUCCAAUAACGCCUUCUCUAUUCAUAUUCUUCUUACUCGUCUUUCUCUCAAUGCCGGUGGCGUUGGCUACACAAAUGUUCAUGUCCCAGUAUGUCUCCAAACGCUAUCACAUCAAGCUGGCAAGUACGGGGUACAUUCAAUCAACAUUUGGUGUUGGGCACAUCAUCCAGGCAUUCGUUAUUCUCCCAUUAUUGUCUCACUUUUUAACAUCAGCAACCACGCCGGCCAUAUUCCGGCUCAAGGACGAGAAACUGAGAGACGUCGUCUUACUUCGGGGCUCAUUCUUCUUUCUUAUUCUUGGGCUCAUCGUGGUCGGUUUGGCAACGGAUCUUGUUGGUUUCAUGUUUGGUCUGGUGGUGUUGGUGCUUGGUUCGGGGUACGCCAGCCUCUUGAAGAGUCUAAUGAGCCUGUAUGCCGACGCCAAACAUCGAUCCAGGCUCUUCAGUCUCAUCGGCAUGGUGGAAGUACUGGCGCGCGUUUACUCGGAACCAGCCCUUGCUGGACUCUACUCGCUUGGGCUACGUCACGGAGGUGGUUGGAUCGGCAUCCCGUAUUUUGGGGUGGCAUUGCUUAUUGCAGUUUGUCUUGCUUUGCUUUCCUUUGUGAAAUUACCAAAAUCAAAUGAGGAGGCUGUACCUAAUUAG